AUGCCCUUCUCUAAACGCAGCACUCGUACGCGUGUCUCUACCGAAUCUGCGGUCACCACAAUGGGUGGACAUCCUAUGUUUCUUGGUUCUGGUGACAUCCAAUUAGGUGUCAAUGAAUCAUUAUACGAUACCUCAGUCGUCAUUUCGAGUAUGACUGCAGGUAUUGUAGCUAGAGUGGGACCUCAUUCAGAUGUUGCUGGUCUGGCAAAGUGGUCGAGUGUACCAGUCAUCAAUGCUUUGUCUGACGAGUACCACCCCUUACAAACUAUCGCUGAUUACCUCACAAUCCACGAAGCAUUCCCCUCGCAACCUUCUAGAAGCUCGUCACAAAUUACACCAACUUUGGGCUUGGAGGGAAUGAAGAUAGCUUGGAUUGGAGACUCAAAUAAUGUUCUCUUCGACCUUGCAAUUGGAGCAAUGAAACUGGGAAUCAACAUUUCUGUUUCAUCUCCAGAGGGCUACAAAAUCCCCGAAUAUAUGCGCAAGAUUAUCCAAUCUGCCGCAACUACAACAGAUACUCCAGGAACACUCACGGAGGUCUCCGUGCCAGAGGAAGCUAUUAAAAAUGCAGAUGUGUUGGUGACUGAUACAUGGAUAUCUAUGGGUCAAGAAGAGGAGUCAGCAAAGAGAUUGAAGGCAUUUGCAGGUUAUCAAAUCACAGAGGAAAUGGCAAAACGAGGUGGGGCUAAGGAAGGAUGGAAAUUCAUGCAUUGUCUACCCAGACAUCAAGAUGAAGUCAAUGAUGCAGUAUUUUACGGCCCCAGAAGCUUAGUCUUCCCAGAGGCGGAAAACAGAGUUUAUUCUGCUAUUACUGCUUUGGAAGCAUUCGUAGUGAAUAAGGGUAAAAUCUUAUGAAAGCAUUUGAGUUAGCAUAUAUACCAAGGCGCUAUCUGGAGUACAAAAUCAAUGGUUAAUUUAGGAAUCACAGAGUCAUAUUAUGAUCCACGGCUCUUGUUUGAAAGUAACAUUUUGAUCUCAUAAUUAUGUUACCCGCGCUCAAUUUUCCCAAAAAUCCAACACCCAAAUAAAGCACAAGAUCCACCAGUCGAGAAUGAACUUGGCCAUCCUGGGGACUACAUUCUUACCAGUGACAAUCUCCAUAAUUGCUACCACACAAGUUCCAGUCAAUUAAGUAAAUUCCAUCACUGUUCACCAAAUAGGACUUUGCAUCCAGCAAGUGCUCCGCUCCUACUAAUUUAUUUUCCAAUCCCUCAUUCCC